CUGUCGGGGCCCAGAUCAGCUGACGGACUCCUCCAGCAAACGUUCCUUGACCCACAAACACUACAGAUACACUGGUAGAUAAAAUAAUAAGCUGUUCUAAAUACAGCCGCCGCUCUACCUGGAUAUACAAUCGCCGUCCAGCUCUUAAGGGCAGCAGGAUGUAUUUGGACUAAGCGUCGCCGGAGUAAGCAAGGUUCUCACCCCUAGCAGCGUCCCUAAGCCCGCGUCACCAUGGCCAACGCGGGGCACUUGGUUCGCCGCACCUCGCAGCGGGAGAUGGUGGUGCCGCAGAAGAGUCUCGAGCGAAUUGAAAUGCGAGACAUGAGGAACCGUCUGGUGCAGGAGAACGGCGGGCCCUCCUACGGCACCACCAACCAGGGCUUCGAGGACCCCCAGAGAAGACAAAGUGUGAAGAAAAGGACCACCAGUGUGACCAUCCCAGAGGAAGCCAUACAGAGCCCAACACGAUCGGAGAAAGACCUGGAGGCCCUGGAUGCGCCCCCGCCCGGAGACGCCAUCCAGGCCAGCGCCACCGCCAAGCCCGGGGACGGCGUGGUGAACGACAGGGAAUCUUGGGACUCGAAAUGGCAAUACCUGCUGGCCGUGAUCGGGUACGCGGUGGGCCUGGGCUCCGUGUGGCGCUUCCCUUACUUGUGCCAGAAGAAUGGAGGGGGAGCCUUCCUCUUCCCUUACCUCAUCAUGCUGGCGGUGGAGGGUAUCCCGGUGUUCUAUCUGGAGCUGGCUGUCGGUCAACGCCUCAGGAAGGGCGCCAUAGGGGUCUGGAAUCAGGUGUCGCCCUACUGCGGUGGCAUCGGUGUCGCCUCCGCCUUCGUAUCGUUCAAUGUCGCCCUCUACUACAACACUAUCAUCGCCUGGUGCCUCUACUACCUCGCCGGGAGUUUUCGCAGCCCUCUCCCCUGGACUGACUGCCCCAAGACUUACUACACCAACAGCUCUUACAAGGACGUGAAAGAAUGUGCGAAGAGCAGCCCGACGGAGUACUUCUGGUACAGAGACACACUCGACAUCUCACCGGACAUCAACCACCCAGAGAAAUUCAACUGGAAGAUCGCUCUGUGCCUCAUCAUAGCGUGGGUGCUCACCUACCUCUGCAUGGCCAAGGGCAUCGCCUCAUCCGGAAAGGUAGUGUACGUGACGGCGCCCUUCCCCUACCUGGUGCUGGUGAUAUUCUUCGUGCGCGGCAUCACCCUGCCAGGAAUGGAGGACGGACUCAAGCAUCUCUUCACUCCAGACUGGACGAAAAUAUUAGACCCGACGGUGUGGCUAGAGGCGGGUACCCAGAUCUUCUUCUCCCUGGGCCUGGCGUUCGGGGGCCUCAUCGCCUUCUCGUCCUACAAUCCAGUGCACAACAACUGUUUCCGUGACGCUGUGGUUUGUGGCCUCAUCAACUGCUGCACCGCCAUCUUCGCUGCCGUUGUCGUCUUCUCCGUCUUAGGUUUCAAGGCCCACAUGCAGUACGAGGAAUGCGUGAACAACAACGACAACAUCCUGAUGGAGAGGAUCAACACAACGGACGUGAUUUCCAUUGACGCCAACACUGUCCUGCUGACUGACGGCACCAACAUCACCAUCCCCGAGCUGCAGAAGUGUGACCUGCAGGAGACGCUGAGGAAUUCAGCCUCAGGGACAGGACUCGCCUUCAUCGUGUUCACGGAGGCCAUCAACCAGUUCCCGUGGGCUCCCUUCUGGUCCGUGCUCUUCUUCCUUAUGCUCUUCACCCUCGGCAUCGACUCUGAGUUCGGCACGCUGGAGGGAGUCAUCACCUCCGUCGUGGACCUCAAAGUCUUCCCUAACCUUCGCAAGGAGUUUCUGACCGCGUUGGCUUGCACUGUGUGCUGCACGAUCAGCAUGGCCUUCGCUCACGGCGCUGGGAACUACGUCUUCAUCCUCUUCGACGAUUUCUCCGGCAACAUCCCUCUGCUCAUCGUGGCUUUCUUCGAGUGCGUCUCCGUCUCCUACGUGUACGGCCUGCGCAGGUUCAGUGAUGACAUCGAGCUUAUGAUUGGCAGCAGACCUCAUAGCUUCUUUCUCGCUUGUUGGAAGUACGUGUCCCCUGCUGUCAUGCUCACCAUUCUCCUCGCCUCUAUCAUCAAACAGGUGAUGAGCGGCUCAGGGUACAUGGCCUGGAAUGCUCAAGAAGGCAGGAUAACCUUCUUACAGUGGCCAACCUGGGCGUGGGGACUGGUGGCGGUCAUGGUGCUUGUCUCUGCCCUCUGGAUCCCCCUCAUUGCCCUCACCAGGCUGUGCGGCAUCCACGUGAUUCAAGACGAGGAGCCAGCGUGGUUCCCUGCCGAGGAGCUGAGAGAGUAUUACGCAAUUGUACCCCACAAAGUGACGCAAGUGGAAAGGAAGCUUUUCUGUAUCCGGGAGGAUGGCAGCGAGGGCCUGUGCUGCCCCAUCAACGCCCCACCCCAGGAGAGUGUCUAGAAGUGAAUGGAUACAGCGAGGGUGCGACAGCAGAUGGCCAUUGGUCAAUACCGUGAGGUCGCCGCACAAUAAGGAAAAAUAUCUGCUUCGUGGUGAUGCAAACGAGUAGGAAAUGUAGGAAAUCGUCGGUAGCUGGUUACGUAGCGAGGAUGAGGUUUGGUUACAACACAGUCCACCACCUCCCGUGCGAGCCUUUCCCUUCCUUGCUUGUUCAAAUAUCAUUGCAUAAUAAUUGAGUGAGGCUCUAGGCUUUGUACCUUGGUUGGCUUGCCUCCCCUGACCUCCUGUCCCAGCGAGGAGAGAGGACAGGGUCUGUUCCUACACACAACACCUGCCCGACGCACGCCUCCGUCGAUCAGUCAGUCAGUCCCGGCGGAAAAACAAAAAUGAAAAAAUACCUGUUUUCACCCUCGUAGAUAACUGUGUAAAGUAUCUCAUUCUAUUUUAACAUAACUGCAGUUUUGGUAGAUGAAGCAAGUUGGAUAGACUAAUAACGUCUAUUAUCCUUGAAUCUAAGUAUGUAUUUAUUUUCAAAAUGGUGACGGCUUACACGGGUAGAAAACAACAUUACGAGCAUAGUCUUAGGUUAAGGUGAUGCUGGCAGGUAACAGAGCCCUAAGCCCUGAGCCCUGGUGUGUGUGCGCGGGUUAUCUCACCUUGAAAAGCAUCUCGUCUUGCAUCAAACGUUCACCAUCGCACCGGGCAAGUAUUAACCACAGCAUGAAAAGCGUUACCCAACUUUACACGGAAUGAGUCGCAGCAGCAUAGAAGUGAAGGCUGGGACAUCCUCUCCAACCACCAACACCACCCAUCGUUUACAAAACAUCUCCCUGCGUCGCUGUCAUUCAUGAUACAUGGGAAUACAAAACAACAAUGACAUACUUACUUGACCUCCCUUGGGUCCUGCCUGUCGUAGUCACUUAUAGGACAUUUCUGACAAUGUUCUGAGAAGACUCCAAGAGGUUUCUCCUACUUAUACCGAGAUUACCAGUACUUAGCGGUGUGUCGUAUGUUGUCGAGCUGGUCGAAAAGUACAACGUCGAAAGAGAUAAGCUUUAUUUUAGCGACAUUUUUAUCAAAUAUCUGCCAUGGAAGUAGUGCAAAUUGACAGCGACGCAGCGCGUCAUCGGAUAUUCAAGAAAUCGUACGCGCUGGCGAUUUCAACGGAGAUUAUAUUGCCUCCUGAGGGUGAAGCAGCAGUGCCGUCUGAGGGCUGACCGUCUGAGGGCUGAAGGCGUUCCCGCCGCUACCACAACACGAGCUUUCGCCUCAAGCACCACCAGCCUCAGAGGUGUGUGACUGGAGCACGGUGGAGCGCAAGAGGCGGUUGGGAGACUCAUUGACAAUGCGCGUGCCGGGGCCUCAAGGGUGAGGCAGCGUUGUCACCCGCCAGUCUGGGAGGGCGAGGCUGGCCAAGGUGGGGCGCGGGGCGGUCUUCUCACGCCACCACACAGGAAUCCCUAAGUUAAAAGUGCCUCUUAUUGUUUGUUUGAUUGUUAUUAACAACAGUUAAUUACAGCUGGUUGCCAAACUGUGUUAAAAUGUUUGUUAAAUACUUUUAAAAACCUCUAAAUGUUUCAUAAAUGUUAACAAGGAAAGAUAUAUCAGUGUAUGUGUGUAGCAGGAAUUGCAGUCAGUGAGUCAGUCAGUGAGUCAGUAGGCGUAGUGCGACUACGAGUAGUGCAGUGGGCGGGGCGGGGCGGGGCGGGGCGGGCGGGCAGGUGUGCCCCGUGCCUUGUCCCAGCUGACGCAUCAGGUCCAAAAGUUAGAUUACUUACAAACGUUAAAAGCAAAAACAAAAAAUACAAAAAGAGGCCGUGGCCAGUAUGUGUUACUUUUGUGAGAGCUUCACAUUUAAUUUUGAAGUUACAAAAUAGACUGUUUCCGUAUAAAUAAUGUAUAUACGAUAUACAUAUUAUAUAUAUAUAUAUAUUAUACAUAGAAACAACAAAAAUAGAUACGUACAUACAUGCACAUUUACACGUAUGUAUAUCAGCGUUCUUUAAUGAUGAAGCAGCCACCGUACUGCAAGUGAAGGCUAUCACGGAAUAGCCUGCCCUGUAAAUAAUAAGUACAGGCCACAAGUCAUCUGUGGCUGAGUCCUGUUGCACCCUUCCGGGAGGUGAGGCGCCUAGCUUGUGGGCGUGGUGGGUCAGUCCGUAGGUCUGCAAUAAACUAAUUUCUAAGGCAUCACUGUCUGUAUGGAAGUGUUCGUGCAUUACUUAGUGCGGUGCCGUGGCCCGCGACCCCGUGAUAGUGUACACCGGGACCCCAGUAUUCUUUACUUUGACCGAUACUUGGAUGGUCCUCCUCGAUUCCUCAUCCUCCUUUGUGUGUGUGUGUGUGUGUGUGUGUGUGUGUGUGUGUGUGUGUGUGUGUGUGUGUGUGUGUGUGUGUGUGUGUGUGUGGUGUGUAAAUGAUGAAAAAGUGGUCAUUCUUGUGCUCUUCGCCGAAUAACUGACAACUUAAAUUCCAGGCAGUCAGCUCACCCACCCAACAAGUACAAAAGGAAAUACCUUGGCCAGAAGGCUGUGUAAAGGCCGUGCUGGCAGCCAACAUAAUCUUGAGAAGCACUGGCUGGUUGAGCUGGCUGACUGGCUGGCUGGCCAGUUGGUUGCAGUCUGAAAAAGGUGGGGAGGAGGGCAGCUAGAAUUUUGUUUUAGUCAUGCCUUUCAAAUUCUUCAACAUUAGUUACUUUUUUUCUUUCGAGUCAACAUAAUUUUCUCCGUUACUUGGCCUGGAAAGCGUCAUGAUACGAGUGAGGGAAGUAAUAAGUCGCGUUACGGCGCCACGAGGGAUUAAACAAACAAUACAACGUUCUGGGCCGCGUCACCAUCAAGCAGGAUCAACAUCAUCUAACAAGAAACAAAAUUUGACAACCUGUGAUAUUAAUCAUAUUACAAUAUAUUUUACGCCGAAACUUAUACUAUUGAUUAUAUUUUUUUAAGACGAAAUCGCGUUCUUCCAUGAAACUUCCACGAAUCUUCCACGUUAUUUAUAGUGCAGGGCAGCAGGGCCACGCGCAGUUCCGCCUCUUACUGAAGGCCAAGGAACGCGUCGGGCGGCCCCUAACGAAGGAGUCACUGGCUGCAUCACCAGCCAGGCUGGCGGAGAUCGGAGCAUUUGCUUGUGUUACCCUUGCACUAGUUAGGUCCCCUCGCGUAGGUCCGCGUGCUAAAUCAACAUUUUGUACUUUCGUUUGAUUAUUUAAUUCCGUAUCACACAAGAAGUUUAGAAUGGAUGCAGCUUUGGCAUAAAACAUAUACCUAUAUAUAAAACACAAAAAACAAAAUACUGUUGUAAAUAAAAUGUUGACCAUACUGUAUAAGAAGAACGAAAGCUUUUGUCUUGUUCUGUCUCUCCCGUGUUCUACCUUCCUUCCCUUGACGCAGUCCUACUGACGAGGCUCCUACAGGAUCUCGCUCCUUAAUAAACGCCCCACACCAUUUCAAAAUAAGCGCCAUUAACUCUAUUUUCUUUCUUUUCCUAGUGGAGGUGAGCACGAGUGUCACGGGUCCCUCAAUUAUACAGUUGUUCCGCGACACGUAGCAGAGACAACCAGUGAGACGUGUUAUUGUUUAGACCAAUAAAAUCUUCUGAUAGAAA